AUGGCACAGAUGUAUGUGUACAGCUACGAGCAGCUGGUAGCAAUUGUAAACCAACAAAACGCUACAAUAGGCCAACAAGCUGCAGUGAUUAAUAAUCUGCGAUCAGAGCGACAGUGGCUGGAAGAGGACAAUCAGAUCCAGAGAGAGGAGUUGGAAAAAUCUCAAAAGAACCUCAAGGAUCUCGAAACAUCGAGAAAGUUAAAAGAAAAUAAAUUGAGAAAAGAGUUACAGAGGCUAAAGGAAUCACAUGGAGACAUCAAGUGGAGGCAUAAGAACGCUGUUAGGGAAUUAAACCAUGAGAAAGGAAAAACCUCAAGAUGA